AUGGGCAGUUGGGCCAAACUGAAGUCCUCUAGCUGGGCUUAUCCUACUGCAGUCCUGUCACUCUAUGGUUUUUUUGCUAACUGCAGAGUAGCAGAGCCCUUCCUCACACCAUACCUAAUUGGACCACACAAGAACAUCUCGGGAGAAGUGGUGACUAACUACCUGUUCCCUAUCUGGACGUACUCCUACCUCGCCUUCCUUUUCCCCGUUUUCCUCCUGACUGACUUCCUGAGGCACAAGCCCCUCAUUGUGGUACAGGGUCUCUUCCUGGUCACCAACUAUAUCCUGCUCUGUUUUGCACCGGGGCUGCCUGCAAUGAUCUUCCUUCAGAUCAACUAUGCUGUAGUGACUUCCACAGAGGUGGCCUACUUUUCCUACAUUUACAGCGUAAUUCCAGUUGAGAAUUACCAAAGAGCCACUGGUUACCUGCGCAGUGCUAUGCUAACUGGGUAUACAUUUGGUGCCAGCCUGGGCCAAGCGCUGGUCUCCCUGGCAGGAGUGGACUACUUCUACAUCAAUGCUAUCACUCUGGGGAUGGUAAGCAUGGCUUUUCUAAUCUCCUUCUGGUUGCCCAUGCCCCAGAGGAGCCUGUUUUUCAAAGGGAUAAAGACAGAAGCAGUGGGCUCGCAGUCCCAACAGAAGGGGCCUCUGGGAGUGGAUGUGCCUGAGGAACCAGUGGUGGCUGGGGAUGAAGCUGGCUCAGGGAGAGAGAAGAUGGAGCAUAAUGGCAGCGCUGGCUGGGAUUUAAUCUACUGGUCUGUGUGGUGGGCUCUGGCCACGGCUGGCUACGUGCAGGUGUUCAACUACACCCAGCUAAUGUGGGACCAUAUAGAACCAUCUGCAUCAUCAUCUAUCUACAACGGAGGUGUAGAGGCUGUGUGCUCCCUUGUAGGUGCUGCAGCAGCCUUCUCCGUGGGCCACAUCAAGGUGACCUGGGCCGUGUGGGGAGAGCUGGCAUUAGGGUUGUUCUCAGCCGUAGGGACAGGUGCUGUGUUUCUGAUGGCGCUCACCAGCAGUAUCUGGGCAUGCUAUGCUGCUUAUGUCAUAUUUAAGUCCUGCUACAUGCUUCUCAUCACCAUCACAACAUUUCAAAUCGCAUCCAACCUCUCCAUGCAGUGCUACGCCUUGACUUUCGGGAUCAACACUUUUGUAGCCCUUUCCCUGCAGACCAUUAUAACGGUCAUAGUUGUUGAUGAAGCUGCACUGGGACUGGACAUUGUGACACAGUUCAUCAUCUACGGCAGCUACUAUGCCGUCAUCUCAGUGCUCUUUCUGAUUCGAGGGACCUACACUGCCUGUAUAAAUCAACGCAAAGCAGAGCACACUGAAACCAAGGAACAAGAGUCUAGUGUGGUGGUAAUCUCUGCUGAGCGUUUCUGACCAAGGUCAACAAACUGUUAUCAUCUUGAUAAUACUAAACAUCAGCAUCACACGGCAAAAGCAAUGAAAGGAAGAGAGGAAAGGAGGAUGUUUUUUACAGAGUUCAAAGGAAAGCAGGAGAAA